AUGAAUGAAAAAGAGGAAGCAGUCAUCUUUGGUAUCUGUCUGGUAGACUUUCAUCACAAAAGAGGCCCUGAAAUAGAAUAUUGGUAUGGAUUACCCAAGGACACCCGAAGUGCCGAAUUGUGGCCAAAUUUACCAUUUCAGGCACUUCCUGAUGGUUCUCACUCUUUUGAGGAAACAUUCACUUACUUCACACUUUUAUAUGACGAAAGAAGACAAAGGAGCCCACCCAAUGGAGCAGCUGAUCUAAGCGAUGAUAACAUCAAAGAUAACACGACUUUGUUUGCCAUAUCCUGCUCAAGACAGAUCAAGAGCGAUGAAUUGGUCACUAAGGAUAAAGAUGUAACUCGAUCUACCGUGCAAAAGGCAGUCGUAGUCAUCUCUAGAAAACCAAUUUUUGGUCAAAUCAAAGACAAACUGAGUAUUGUUACCAAUGCUUUUUUCUUGCAGCAUGAUUUCGGGGAUAGGAAAAUAAUUCAAUCUUUGUAUGAAAACCUGAAGUCCAUAUAUACGCCUACAUCAUUGGGCAGAAACGCCGAGAACCGUCUUUAUAUUGGGUUAUGUUUGAGAAAGAUUUUGCACGAUUUUAAGAAAAAUGCUUUAGUUUUAUUGAAGGCAAUUAUGCUUGAAAGAAAAAUAAUAGUUUACGGUAACGAUGUGGAAGCUUUGUGUAAUCUACAGUUCGGUUUGAUUAGCUUAAUUCCGGACUUAAUGUCAAAUCUGCAAGAUUCCGGCAGUCCCCAGUUGUUUCAGGAUGUGUCAAAACUAAAUGUGGUAGAUUCGUUCAAAUCAAGCAAUCGAGAAUCAGUGUUGAGAUUUUUAGGUUUUCCCUUGCAGAUUUUUGAAAAAGGUGGGCUAUUCUCACCUUAUACUCCAUUGCAGCAGAUGAAUGACAUAAGAUCAGAACGCACGGUUUUUUUUAUGAUAGGCAGUUCCAACACGUUGCUUGCUGAACAAAAAGAGGAACUUUGUCACAUAUUUGUGAAUACAGACAACUCCACCGUGGAAAUCUUGGAUAAGCCUUUGAAUUCCGUUCUCCAAUUGUCAAAUCAUGAUAAAAAAUGGAUUGAAUCUAUAUCUGAAAUCGUAUCAGAUACGUGGAACGAAAAUGAUGAUGAAACCCCAAAUAAUUCUCAAUUUGAAGGCAGUGAAGAUUUCAUUAGAUGGCAAUUCGAAGACUAUUUGACAGGGUUACUUUCCAGUAUUAAACUAAGCGAUUAUUUGGAUCUACAUAAAGAGAACGAUCAAGCUUUGAAAACUAUACCCGAAGAUAUGUUAAAUUCUAACCCUGUGCAUUUAUUUAAUUUAAACUGGGUUCAAAGAUGGAAAGAGACGCAAAAUUUUCAGGUGUUUAACUUAAGAACAGAUGACAGAUUGUUCGAUCUGUUUCCUCCAAAACAUAUAUAUAAUGGCGCCGACACUUUAUCUUUACUGCAGCAGCGAUUUUUGGCCACAUUUCAUAACUUAAAAAGAAGCGCCAGCAAUUCUUCAAGCAAUAAAAAUGGUCACCAAAGCGAAGAUGAUACUAAAGACCAGGAAAGUAUUAAAUCGAAAAAGUCUAUUUCGCAAGGUCCUUUAAAUCCUGAAAAAACUGCAGAGAAGCCGACGGCUAAUAUAUGGAAUUCAUGGAAGGAAUACUUUAAUAAAUCAAAGAAUACCGCUAAUGAAGAUGUUACCGAAUCCACAGAGGAUCUCAAAAACAGAAGUAAAACAGCAAAUGCUAUACAGAAAGCUAUGAUAGGCUUGGGUUUACAUUAUAGACCUGAUGAGAACUCUGAACAACAACAGGAAGUGACGGAAAAUGGAGAAGAAGAUGAUGAUAACGAUGAUGAUUACGAUGAAGAUGAAGAUGAUGAUGACAGUGAAGAUGAAGAUGAAGAUGAUGAUGACAGUGAAGAUGAAGAUGAAGAUAAAAAUAAAGAUGACGAUGACGAUGAAAAUGACGAUGAAAAUGAAGAUGAAGAUGAAGAUGAAGAUGAAGAUGAAGAUGAAGAUGAAGAUGAAGAUGAAGAUGAAGAGAAAAACAGUAAUGCAGGUGAAAGUGACGGUGAGGGUAGGGCUGAUGAGAACAUUCAAAACUCAAGAAAAGCUAAUAUAUAUGUCACGGAUUUAAACACUAAUGGUGGUGAUAAUAGUGAACAUAGCGCUGAAGAUGAGAAUUCUGCAGAUGAAGGUGGUCAUGAGCACCCUAAAAGCAAUGAAACUCACGCCAACGAAACCAAUAUAUAUAGAAAAAAUAACAAUGUUGGAGAACUCGCUAAGAAGAGUAACAUGAAUAAAAAUACCGAUGGAAAGGUUGAUGUGAAUGGAGCUAUACUAGCAAAUAGUGCACAAGAUGAAGAAAAACUAUGA